AUGAGACUGAACCCACUCAGGAACUACUUCGACCAGCAAGGACUAUCGAGAUUGAUGGGAUGUCUGAAACGAAGAACAACAAGCACAACUGACCACAACCAACCGAACCAGAAGAGGUUAUUAGUAUCCAGGAUGACGAUGAGGAUCAAGAAAGACCAGGAGAUCGAGCUCAACAGGGCCGAGUCAAAACUAUGCCAACUCCUCAAUCAAUCCGUCUCUCAUCUCAAAGCAUCAGCAUCAUCCACCAAUCAGGACUUGAACUCACUCACUCUGAGAAUCGCUGGUGGCUGGGUCAGAGAUAAGUUACUUGGGGUCCAAUCUAACGAUCUAGACAUAGCCAUCUCAUCCUUAACGGGGCAAGACUUCGCCACCCGAUUCUCGAGCUAUCUGCGAGACCAACAACGACUGAAGAGAGAGGGACAGAGCGAGAAUCAGACGACGAAAGAAGCAGGAGAUGGAGGAGAAGAGACGUUUGAGCUGGGCAAGAUCGCAACUAUCGAGGCCAGGCCCGAUCAGAGCAAACAUCUCGAAACUGCCACCACUACUUUCCUCGGUUUGGACCUCGACUUCGUCCAACUCAGAAGUGAGGAAUACGGCGAUCAGGAUAGUCGCAUCCCAAGCUCAGUCAGAUUUGGGACGCCUUUAGAAGAUGCAUUGCGACGAGACAUCACGAUCAAUUCCUUAUUCUAUAACGUACAUACAGGAGCCAUAGAAGACCACACUGGAAAAGGUCUAGAAGAUCUUGAAGUGGGAUUAAUCCGGACCCCACUACCAGCCGAACAUACUUUCAAGGACGACCCUCUUCGUCUCUUGAGGUGCAUCAGAUUCGCGACUCGCUUCGGCUAUCGAUUGGAUGCAGAUAUCGUUUCUGCUGCCACAUCUGACCCAUCAGAGUUGCAUUGA